UAGUAGUGUACGAAAUUGCCCUUAUUUCCGAAUUCCUCGUUCAUGUUUAUCUUCCCGGGAACAAAAUCCCAAUUCCCAAUAUCCCAAGCUCCCAUAGUUUCAUAUCUAUCCCCUAUUCUCAAACCCUAAUUCAAUCCCCAGUUCUCCGAUGUCUCUCGAUCUUCUCCGGCGCCGGCGAAAGCAUCUCCUCUUCAUCGCCGCCGCCGGUGUCUCCUUCUACGGCGCCUACAAGCUAUAUCACCACCCGUCAAUCUCAUCCAAACGCAAUAAACUCGCUUCUCUCCUCAAAACCAUAAUCUCCGUCUCUGAUGCAGUCACCUCUUCCGCCGACACCGUGAACCUUCUCCUCACCGAUCUCAAUGGCUUCCUCCGAUCGAAUUCCGACGAGAUCCCAAACAGUCUGAAGCAAAUUUCGAAGCUUGCUCGAUCUGAUGACUUCUCCGGCUCAAUUUGUAGGUUUUCCGAAGCUCUGACAGUCGGUCUCUCGAAAGGUUUCGGAUCGGUUUCAGGGCCCGAAUCCGGACCAGGAUUCUCUGAUAAGCUUCUUGACAAGUUGUUCUCGAAUGCUGGCUCAGGGUUUGUGUCGAUUGUAGCCGGCAGCUUUGCGAAGAAUCUCGUGCUGGGUUUCUACUCAACUGGCGAUCAGAGUGAUGAGACUUCUUCGUCAUCUGGAUCGAAGUGGAUUGACUUGAUCUGUGAUGAUAAGUGUAGAGAUACGAUUGCUGAGUGCAUUCGGGUGUUUGUCAGCAAUGCGGUUGCAGUUUACCUCGACAAGACAAUGGAGGUCAACACAUAUGACGAGUUCUUUUCGGGGCUUACGAACCCGAGGCACGAAGUCAAGGUGAAGGAUUUCUUGGUAUCGGUCUGUAAUGGCGCUGUCGAAACCCUUGUUAAGACUUCGCAUCAGGUGCUGACCACUUCCAAUCAAGAGGACCAAACAUUACCCAGGAGAGGUGGGUCUUCUGAUGAGAGGAUUAAGGAGAUUGGGAGGUGGGUCAAUCAGGUUUCAUCGACAAUGGCGGUUCCAAGGAACAGGAGGCUUGUUCUUGAUGUGACGGGGAGAGUGACGUUUGAGACGGUGAAAUCGUUUCUCGAAUUUGUAAUGUUGAAAACUUAUGAUGGUGUCAAACGAGCUUCAAAUAUUGUUCAUGAAGAGGUAAUCGAGAGGGGGUUUGAAGUGAUGAGGUAUGUGAGUGCUAGAUCGAUGCUUAUUGUCACGAUAUGCUUUGCCCUUUGCAUGCACGUGAUGGCCGGCAUCAAGAUUUUGGAUACCAAUGUGACACAACAUUUGGUUUUGCUGCAGUGACAAGUUUAAUUUGCAGAGCUAUUUACUGGAGCAAGAAUGAAGUAACACGAGGUACAAGAAUAAGGGUGGCUCAGUGCACGAGGCUUCUACCAUUGUGGGCCCUAGAGAUAGUCAGAUGUACGCAGCCUUAACCCCGCAUGCGGAGAGGCUGUUUCCGAGAUUCAAACCAUGAUCUCCAAGUCACAAGACAACAACCUUACUGUUGCACCAAGGGUCUCCCUCAACACAUGGUACAAGGAUGUAUAUGCAAAUUUUUUAUCAAAAGAAGACCUUUAAUGUUGAAGGGUACUGUCAUAAAAAAGAAGAGUAGUAUCUUAUCUAAACCUACAAGCCCAGGCACAAUGUUUUUCCUUGAAUUACAUAACAAGUAAUUCCCCUUACUCUUGUGGGUUAGGAUAAUCCACUUUCGUUGGUUAGGAUUUGUGAGAGUUCUGUAGUGUCUUGAAUCACUUGAAUGUUGUUAUUAUUAUGUCAAAGGCUGUACAAGAAUCUCGACUAGAGGUUUUUUGGAAUGCAUCUUUCCUUUGCUUCUUUCAGGGGGUAUUGAUAUCAGGUCUUCACAGUUGACUUACUCUUCUGACAUCAUGCCAAAGUAUGUAUGUAUAGGAAUUUCUUUGUGUUCUACUCCAUCAAGUGGUGAUGUCAGUGUGUGUGUGUGUGUAGAGGAUUUUCUUUCUGUUCUACUCCAUCGAGUAGUGAUGUCAGUCUAAUGUUUCCAGUGUUAGUGAUUGCUUUAUGAGUUGCAUCGUUUUUUUUUUCUUCAUAAAUGCUUAAACCACUCUGUGGGACUUUCAUCAGUCUUGUUACAUUUGCAGUUCAAGUGAUAUCCCCGUCCCGUAUUUGUGGGGGUUGAGGAGAUGCACGAUGCUUGCUGUGGCUUAGUGGAAAUUUUGACUGUUUUGAUCUCCUCAUCCUUUUGAUGCUCCCAAUUCAUUCUGCAGUAGCUUAAAAAGUGGUAUGUCAAAUAAUGGCGGUGAUCAGAACUUUUUGUCCAACUCGAGAACCAGAUAUCAUUGCAGAAAAGGCUUAUAGAUAGCAGCGUAAACAAUUUUCUUUUGAGUUCUAGAUUCUAAUAGGAAUACAUACUGAAC